UUACCGCAAGAACCUCCGAGUCUUUUGCCAGAGAGUGAACCCUCCCAGCCAUGCGUAUGUGAGAGCAUAUUUCAAAGAUGGUUUGGCUGCCACUGAGACUUGGAGAUCUGAUGCCACAAUGAGGACUCACACACGGGGAGCCCCAAGUGUGUUUUUCAUACAGGCAGUUUGCUUCGCCUUUGCCUGCGGCGCCAGGGAGGACCCGGACGCGAUGGUUCCUUUUGUCAACGCCAACUAUGACAGCUACCCCAUGCUCUACUUCUCCAGAGGAGACGUGGAGACUCUGCGUCUCCAGGCUGCCACCACACACCAGCACAUUGCAGCUCGUCUGCUGGAGGCAGUGCAAACCAUGGUGUCCAAUCCCCUGGAGUACCUUCCGCCCUGGGACCCAAAGGAGUUCAGCGCUCGGUGGAAUGAAAUCUACGGCAACAACCUCGGGGCGCUGGCGAUGUUCUGUGUCCUCUACCCUGAAAACCUCGAGGCCCUCAGCAUGGCCAAGGAUUACAUGGAGAGGAUGGCAGCUCAGCCUAGUUGGCUAGUGAAGGAUGCCCCAUGGGAUGAGGUCCCUCUUGCUCACUCCUUAAUUGGUUUUGCCACUGCGUAUGACUUCUUGUACAGCUAUCUUAGCAAGACUCAACAGGAGAGAUUUCUUGAGGUCAUUGCCAACGCCUCGGGAUAUAUGUACGAAACAUCAUACAGACGUGGAUGGGGCUUCCAAUACCUCCACAACCACCAGCCUACCAACUGUGUGGCCCUGCUGGCUGGAAGCCUGGUUCUGAUGAAUCAAGGCUACCUUCAGGAAGCUUACUUGUGGACAAAGCAAGUGUUAGCCAUCAUGGAGAAGUCAGUGGUCCUGCUGCAGGAGGUGACAGAUGGUUCCCUCUAUGAAGGGGUGGCUUAUGGCAGUUACACAACCAGAUCACUCUUCCAGUACAUGUUUCUUGUCCAAAGGCACUUUGAUAUCAAUCACUUCAGCCACCCCUGGCUCAAGCAGCACUUUGCAUUUAUGUACAGGACUGUCCUGCCAGGGUUUCAGAGAACUGUAGCCAUUGCAGAUUCCAACUACAACUGGUUCUACGGGCCAGAGAGCCAGCUGGUGUUUCUGGACAAAUUUGUCAUGCGCAACGGCAGCGGGAACUGGCUUGCAGAGCAGAUCAGAAGGAACCGAGUGGUGGAGGGCCCAGGGACACCAUCCAAAGGGCAGAGGUGGUGCACUCUCCACACUGAAUUCCUCUGGUAUGAUGCAAGUUUGCGCUCCGUACCUCCACCAGACUAUGGGGUUCCUAAGCUGCAUUAUUUUGAGGACUGGGGAGUGGUGACCUAUGGAAGUGCUUUGCCAGCAGAAAUCAACAGGCCUUUCCUUUCCUUCAAGUCAGGAAAGCUGGGAGGACGUGCAAUAUAUGAUAUUGUUCAUAAGAACAAGUACAAAGAGUGGAUCAAGGGCUGGAGGAACUUUAAUGCUGGCCAUGAACACCCGGACCAGAACUCCUUCACUUUUGCUCCCAACGGUGUACCUUUCAUAACAGAAGCUCUGUAUGGGCCAAAAUAUACCUUUUUUAAUAACGUGCUGAUGUUUUCCCCUGCCGUGUCCAAGAGCUGCUUCUCCCCAUGGGAAGGGCAGAUUACGGAAGACUGUUCCUCAAAGUGGCUUAAAUACAAGCACGACUUGGCUGGCGACUGUCAGGGACGAGUGGUUGCUGCCGUGGAGAGAAGCGGAGUGGUUUUUAUCAGGGGAGAAGGAGUGGGUGCAUACAACCCUAAAUUGAAGCUGAGGAAACUGCAAAGAAACCUCAUCCUUCUCCACCCCCAGCUUCUCCUGCUGGUGGACCAAAUCCACCUGGAAGACGACAGCCCUCUAGAGGCAGCGACCAGUUUCUUCCACAAUGUGGAUGUGCCUUUUGAGGAGACGGUGGUGGACGACGUCCAUGGGGCCUUCAUUCGGCACCGGGACGGGAUAUACAAGAUGUACUGGAUGGAUGACACCGGCCGCAGCGAGAAGGCCACCAUCGCCUCCAGGAUGUACCCCAGGGGCUACCCCUACAACGGAACAAACUACGUGAACGUGACGACCUUCCUGCGGCGCCCUGUCACCAGGGCCAUUUACCUGUUCAUUGGGCCCUCUGUCGACGUGCAGAGCUUCACUGCCCGUGGAGAUUCUCCCCAGCUGGAUGUUUUUGUCACCACCGGGGAGCACGCCUACGCCGUCUACCUGGGGCCCGUCGAGGACGGCUCCCGCUCUGCCUUUGCACAGGUUAUCGCAGACCGCCAGAAGAUUGUCUUCGACCGAGCCUCUGCCAUUAGGAGCUCCACGGUGCCAGAAGUGAAGGACUACUUAGGGAUCGUGGAGAGGAACCUGCAGCAUUUUAAGCCUGUUUUCCAGCAGCUUGAGAAGCAGAUCCUGUCUCGUGUGCGCAACACAGCUAGCUUUAGGAAGACUGCCGAGCGCCUGCUGAGGUUCUCAGAUAAGAGACAAACAGAGGAGGCCAUCGAUAGGAUAUUUGCAAUCUCGCAGAGGCAGCAGCAGCAGCACAGCAGAGCAAAGAAAAACAGGAAAGUAGCCAAAGGCUACAAAUUUGUCGAUGCCGUGCCUGACAUAUUUGCACAAAUUGAGGUAAACGAACGAAGAGUGCGGCAGAAGGCACAGACUCAAGCACAGAAAGAGUUACCUGUAGAUGAAGAUGAAGAAAUGAAAGAUCUUCUGGAUUUUGCAGAUAUCACUUACGUGAAGCACAAAACUGGGCUGUCCAUCAAGGGCCGGUCAGGGCUGGCGCAGAUGGUGACGACUGCUCGGAGCAGCGCCCCAUCGAUAUCGGCGUCCUACACUCGCCUCUUUCUGGUUCUCAACAUUGCCAUCUUUUUUGUCAUGUUAGCAAUGCAGCUCACUUACUUCCAGAAGGCCAAGAGACUGCACGGCCAGCGAUGUCUGUAUGCAAUCCUCUUAGUAGACAGCUGUAUAUUAUUGUGGCUGUAUUCCUCCUGUUCUCAGUCACAAUGUUAGCAGAAGACCUCGACUAGUCGACCAGUUUAUGGUCAUAUAUGUCUAUGCAAAAGUCAUUAACCCUAAUAGGGCCAAAGUUUUAUCUUU